CCAUGGAGCGUGGUCCUGGCACCCUCCUGCUAUGCUAGCCUAUAUACUGGGGCACCCCCCAGGCCUGGGACACGUUGCUGCUGGAACAGUUUGUGCCCUGCUAAGGGCUGGAAAAAUCCAAAGAGCAGAAAUACCCACACCCCUCCUUUGGUUCUCUAAGAUCUCUCUUUCUAGAGACACAAAGGAGAAGCUGGGGCUUGCUCUAGUGACUCGGUUUUGUUUGGUCUGAUUAUUAUUCCCCCCCCCCCCUUGUGGAACCCUUGGAGCAAGUGAUUUAGGCUGACUCCUAAUCUCUCCUCCCCUGUGGUUUAGAAAGGCCAAAAAGUUAACAAGACUCCACCUCACAAGAGUUGAGAGUGGGAAGGAGAUCAGGAUCAUUUCCCCCCACAAGCAGACAUUUAAAAAAUCCUGUAACAUUCACCAUGUACCAUCAUGUUUUGGUAAUAUUUUACAUUAGAAGAGGGAAGGAAGUUUUCAGGCCCAGACUGUAUAGGAGUAUGAAAAGGUGGUGAGGCUUUUACUCUGACAGACCAGAAAAUGGAAUAAUACUGAUGGCUCUGGUCUUCAUACAGAAAGCAAACUCUUUGAUAACCCUUUUUAACCCUAUGCAAAUUGUGAGACCGAGCCACCUUCAGAUACUUUGUUCAUGUUGCCAAGGUAAUGGCAGCAAGUUUUCCAAGACUCAUUUCUGCUGAAGGACAUCAGCUAUCUUCUCACUGUGCUUGUAUGUGUUCCUAAAUCCAUAUAUUAAAGUCAUUAAUAGCAUUUGGAAAAAAUAAAAAAUGUAACGUUUGAUAAGCAUUACACGUUCAUUUUUAUUUAUGUGGCAUUUGCCAUGAUUGAUACAUUCAUACAAACUCAGUAAUCAAAAACAGUAAACAGAUGCAUUCAAAUGUGGCUACUAUUCCAUAAUGCAAUACCAAACAAGUAUACAGAUUAGUAAUAAUUAUCUUAUGUUUUAAUUUGGUAGGUUUCAGUACCUCAUCCAUGAGUGGACACCACCCAUGCAGUUCUAAAGUAGCAUUAUAUCUUACUAGUUUAGGGUCUUAUCAUUCCCUGUAGUAAUUGCGGUUAGAGCAGUUCUUGGAAACAAGAUCACAGCUCUGUUUAACAUAUUUUAGGUAUGUUUCUUCCCUCCUCCCUCACUACUAGCAUUUAAUUGAAAAUGGCAUCUUUUGAUGGAGACAUCUGGAGACUGUAGCAGCCCAUAUGUUACAGUGACUCCUGGGUUUCUAGCACAUCUGCAAGAGUUAGAGCCCCGGGUGGUAAGAAGACGCUUAUCUCAGGCACGACACCGGGCAACACUGGCAGGACUCUUUAACAGUCUGCGGGAAACUGUUUAUUCUCAGUCAGACAAUUUGGCAUCAAAGUGUCAGGUUUUGCGUAAGGCUAAGAAUUAUAUCCAGGAGCUGGAGCAAACCUUGGGUACUUUGCUGAAGAUGAAAGAGUCCUUCAGUGUGGAGGAUGGGAACCCAUCCAGCUUGGAGGAAGUCAAGGAGGAAUAUAUCAAGAUGUACUUCAACCAUCACAGCUCAGCAUCAUCCUCUGACACUACAGGUGAAAGUGUUUCCACCAUGUGGUAUUUGAUUCAAGAAUAUGAAAAAAAGGAUGUGGAAGGGGAUGGGAAAUCCGGACUUACGCAGUCCCCAACCACUUCAUCUCCUGACCUGAUUGAAUUUGAACGGUACCUGUAUUUUUAUAAACAGACAGUGGACCUGCUGGUUGAGAAUGGGAUUGUGUGCACCGAAGAGGUCACUCUCCCUGUGGUCUCAACAGCUAUUUCCCACCUAUGGCAGGAACUUACGGAAGAAAGGAAAGAAAGCAUCUUGCAGUACUGUAGUCAGAGACAGAAUGUCCUCCCAAAUGCCAGGGCUCAGUGUUCUGAGCCUGUGUGCACUGAAGGCAGCGUGAGGGACAGCACAGCUAACAGUCAGGAAGCCAGUGGUUCAUCAGUAUCCACGCCAGAGGAAGUACUAUUUGAAGAUGCAUUUGAUGUUGCUGCUGGGUUUCUUGACAGAAAUGAGAUGCAGACAACGUCCAGUCUAGGUUCAGCCUUCUCAGGCUGCACCUCAGAAAAUCCAGAGGAUAUCCACCAACUCUACUUGCAGAUCACUGGGUUCUUAAAAGGCCUUUUCUUUGUGAAUACGCCAUUUCCCCAGGGAGAUUCUGUUCAGUUUGAUUAUGAGACCGUGAUGCUGAGGUGCACAGAGACCUUUGAUGAUGAAGAUUUGUAAAUGAAGUGUCUCCAUUGACUAGAACAACAGAAGCAGUGCUUGAUGCCCCUGGUCACCACCUCCGCUCCAGAUGGAUGCUUCAGUGCAUGGAUGGAGAACCCAUUGAUGUGAUUUGUUACUGUUGACCUCUCUUUCCCUCAUCAGUGCUUUUGUGCAUCAGUUAAUUGUUCAGUUUAAAUGUUCCAUGUUACAGAUAUUUAUAAAGUUCUAAUAAAGAUAAUUUUUGUCUAGUA